AUAUCGGCUCUCUCUCUCUCUCUCUUUCUCCCAAAUUUGUUAAUUAGUAGUUUGAAAUGGCAGAUCUGAAGAAAGAUGAGAGGCAAACGAAAUUCGUAGGAGUACGGAAGAGAAACUCAAAAUAUAUAGCAGAAAUAAGGGAUUUCAGAAAAAAGAAGCGUGUUUGGCUUGGCACUUUCAACACCCCCGAGGAGGCUUCUUUCGUUUAUCUUUCCAUGAAACGUGAGAUUGACGAAUAUAAGGCUAAGUUAUUUGCCAAAAAGAUUCCCUCUCAAAAUCCAUCCUCAACCCUAGAUUCUCCAUCUCACGUCCAACUUUCCGACAAAAACGAUGUUUCUGAUGGAACCAGCAGCCGUAGCGCCGCCGUCCUGGAAGAGCAAGAUUCCGAAGAAAACGAGGAUUCUGAUGAAACCCGCAGCCGUAGCGCCGCCCCGGGUGAAAAAGAGCAAGUUUCCGGCGAAAAUGAGGUUUCUGAUGGAACCCGUAGCGCCGCCGCCAUGGAAGGGCAAGUUUCUGGCAAAAAAGAGGUUUCUGAUGAAACCAGCAGCCGUAGCGCCGCCGCCGUGGAAGGGAAAGACGAGGUUUGUGGAUAUCAAGAUGACAAAUUAGGGUUCAUCAACGGUGUGCAAGUGUUCGAUGAGUAUGGGAUUUUGGUGGGGGAAUUCAGCCACAUCGAUGAUCUUAGCAUCAUCUGCCAACCCGAAGAUUGCGCUUCUAUUUUUUGA